AUUUGGGAGGCACGAUGGAAAAGAAGACGAAGAAGAAGGCGACCAUGUUGAUUUAAAGGAAAAACACAAUAGACGCGAUUUAUUUGAAGUAUAUUUCGGUUAUUAUAGCUCCUUGUAACAUCCUAAUUUGAAAACAACGUGAAAUUGUAUCUCUCGUGUGAAAUAACGGAGAACACAGGUGGCACAUUUGAGCUGUUGGCUAGCUUGAGUGGGAAGCACACUGGUUACAGUCACACUCCCACUCGACACAAAUUGACCUCCAAACCUGAGGUGUCCCGGCAAGAAAGGUCAACCAGCUGAAGCAGUUGGGAAGCGCACAGUGUGGACUAGAAGGGGUGGAAAGCUUUUUGGCUUUGGACUCGAUCUCCCUUGUAUUUGAGAACACAUCUGAUGGUAAUAAACUGAAGAACACACCAUUUUUGGGAAAGACUUGUACAAAACCAGACAUCUUAUUUUCCCAAGAAGACGGACACCGAGUAAAUAUUGUGGAUUAAAAAAAGCAGAGGAAAUACUGUUAAACAGAUGUGUUAAUUAGGAUUAUAUUGAAGAACCUAUUCCUAAAGUACAGAGAUUGCCUUAGUUGUUCUGUUUCAGGACUUGCACCACAUUUUAUACUUGUUCACAUAUAAUUUUCUAUAUUGUGAGCAAGUAUAUUCAUGCAUAUCAAUGCAAAUUUCUCUUCAUUUUGAAGAGUUUCUUGUGUACAAAAUUGUCUUUUGCGCUUCUUGUACGUCAGUCACUCUUUUUUAAGGGGACCGAACUGCACGUACGUGUGUGUGUGUAUAUGUAAAUACUACCAAUUGACUGCUGAUGUAAAAGCUAUUGGCUUCAUAGAAAAUAUUGUUUGUUAAUGCUUUAUUAAUAUUUUUUUACCUUUUUUGAAGUUCAUUUUUAGGAAGAACAAUCUAAGAGGCAAAUAUCUUAAUUAUCUUGAGAGAAGAUUGUUUAAAAAAAACAACAGCAGCAAAACAACAAGCAAAGAAAAUAGAAAAAACAAUGGCAGUGGCCAGAACAGAAAACGUUGGCCCACUCGUUAUGGGACUGAACAAGCAGAAUGGGCAGCUCAGAGGACAGACCAAACCAGCUUCAGUCCAGCCAGGACCCGCAAUUCAAGGAAAGGGAUUGGGUGCUCUCCAGAAACCAGGUGGUGCGUCUCAAGAAGGAGGGGGCAUUAAAUUUGGGGACGACUGGAAAAAGAGCCUACAGCUCCCUCCCAAAGACAACAGGGUCAAAACCUCAGAUGUGACGAGCACUAAGGGGAAUGAAUUUGAGGAUUACUGCCUGAAACGAGAGCUUUUGAUGGGCAUUUUUGAGAUGGGCUGGGAGAAACCAUCUCCAGUGCAGGAGGAGAGUAUUCCCAUUGCCUUGUCUGGAAGGGAUAUUUUGGCCCGGGCUAAGAAUGGAACCGGAAAAAGCGGCGCCUAUCUCAUCCCAUUGCUGGAAAGGAUAGACCUCAAAAAGGACCAUAUCCAGGCGAUGGUAGUAGUGCCUACUCGAGAGUUGGCACUGCAGGUGAGCCAGAUCAGCAUUCAAAUCAGCAAACACAUGGGAGGAGUCAAAGUCAUGGCCACCACCGGGGGAACCAACCUACGAGAUGACAUCAUGCGCCUGGAUGAGACUGUGCACGUGGUCAUUGCCACACCUGGUAGGAUUCUGGAUUUGAUAAAGAAAGGAGUGGCAAAGGUGGAUAAAGUCCAAAUGAUGGUGAUGGAUGAGGCUGAUAAACUGCUGUCUCAGGAUUUUGUGGUGCUCAUCGAGGAUAUCAUCAGCUUUCUGGCCAAGAACAGGCAGAUCCUUCUCUACUCUGCAACCUUCCCAAUCAGUGUGCAAAAAUUCAUGGCCAAGCACCUGCAGAAACCAUACGAGAUCAAUCUGAUGGAGGAGCUGACUCUGAAGGGCAUCACUCAGUAUUAUGCCUACGUCACAGAAAGACAGAAAGUGCACUGCCUCAACACUCUCUUCUCCAGGCUUCAGAUCAACCAGUCGAUCAUCUUCUGUAACUCCACCCAACGGGUGGAGCUCUUAGCCAAGAAGAUCACGCAGCUGGGCUACUCUUGUUUCUACAUUCAUGCCAAGAUGAUGCAGGAAUAUAGAAACCGUGUGUUCCAUGACUUCAGAAAUGGAUUGUGCAGAAACCUGGUGUGCACUGAUCUCUUCACUCGGGGUAUAGAUAUUCAGGCCGUGAAUGUGGUCAUCAACUUUGACUUCCCGAAGAAUGCAGAGACAUACCUCCAUCGUAUUGGAAGAUCAGGGAGGUUCGGUCACUUGGGUUUGGCCAUCAACUUGAUCACAUCAGAAGACCGCUUUAACCUGAAGACCAUCGAAGACCAACUGGUGACCGACAUCAAGCCCAUUCCCAGCAGCAUCGACAAGAGCCUCUAUGUGGCCGAGUUCCACUCAUCCAGCGCCGACUGCGAGGUGGAGGAAGUCCUAGAGAAGUCGGGACGCCCGCAGGACAGCAGCUAAACCUGCUGUGUCUUCCAUCCAGGACAGCAGGACUCACCGGGCUUUUGCACACAGGCUUCAGGCACCUCUUCAACAUUACAAUUGUUUUCACAGCCCACUAAAUGGCUGUGAAGGCGUUUAAUUUUGUUUUUGUUUUCUUACAUUGUCUUUGCUUUUCAUCAGAAGUCUGUGACGGAAAUUGGAACUAUCUUGAUUUGCAUCCACUCCAAAGUGAUCCUUGUGUGCUGCAAGAAUUUUUUUUUUGCUGAAACCAACUGGUUGGAGGGCUUUGUCAUGCAAAAUCUGAUCAAAUCUGUUAUGAACCUGUCAUUCUUAGAGAUUGACAAGCAAGCACGGUCAGUCUCUUAAGUGUCAAAACACCAGCCAUCGUUCAGUACACUGUUGUUACCACUUAAGUGCCUUACUUCCUUCCAUGCAUUUUUUCAUAGCCUGUCGCGCAAAUAAGAAUGAAAUAAUAGCUCAUUGACUUUUAACACAUCCAUUAUGCAACAAUAUCUUUCCAUGAGAUGUGUCAAAACUCCUUAACAUGAACCGUUUUAUGAAAUGCAAAUGUUGCAAUAAAAGCGGCAGUUUUACUUCAAUAGUACGUGACUGUUUUGACCCAUUCAAGUGAUACCUAUCAUAACAACGUUUCAGUUUCAUUGCGGCCUUCUGCUGUUACUUUGUACUCCUUGCUGUCAGGAUCUCACACAUUCAGAAAAAGAAAACUAUGGCAGGUAAAAAAAUACAAAUAAAAUCACUCACCCAAAACACAAGACAAUGCAUCCAAGACCGGUUCAGAACAGUCUUGAUUGCAGAAUGUUAAGCUACACAGGAUAAUUAGGGAUGUUGGUGCAAAGCAGUAGUUUAUCUUUCUGUUAUUUUCUUUCUCCCAUCUGUUUAUGCUUUCCAUUUGCAAUAUGGACACUCAAGAAUUAAUUGCUUUAUUACCUUUUCUGCAGCUCUGAAGAAGUUUUUUUUUUUUUUUUUUUUUUCCAUUAAAGUCCCAGCGUGACAAACCGAAGUAGGUGAAUGUAUUUGCUGACUGCUGCCAAGCACCGAUUGCUGCUGUUGCAGUUGAAGGGCGUGCUUUGCUUCAGUUGUAUUACGGGCCCUUAUUUCAGCUUGAUCUCUGCAGCUGCACCCAUACGAUGUUCUUAUUUUUAGUCUUUUGAUAAGGAGAGGGUUAUCUGUACAAUAAGGAGUGGAUGGGUCUCUGGAUUUGAAAGCAAAAUUGUAGCAUCUUUGAAGAGGCAGCUGUGACUUUUUUUUUUUUUAAUUUUUUUGGGGUC